UUAAAAGCCCCGAGCACCGGAGAAACUAAGCGACGCGCGGUUUGAAAGCGGGAGAACAGCGGCCGUCGGGGAAGGAACGAGGAUGAAAGGAAGGAGAACGCGGCAGAAACGCGAACGCUGAAGAUAAAAACGCGGCCCUUGGAGAAAGAAAGGAGCCGAGCUAGCUGGAAAAGCGACGUAGAGGGGGAAUGGAAGUAGUGACGCGUCAAAGCCGUGAAGAGUCCCGGAAGUGACAGGACAGACAGAGGGUGCAGCCGCGACCACCGAUGGCGGCCGCGAGCUUUCCGCCAAACUUCUCGAACGUCGGCAUAUUGGAGAACUGCGCCGGCAUGGAAGCGGCGAACGGUGCUAUCGAGCACGAUUUUCACAAUGCUCUGGUGCCUAUAAACGGUAGCCAUUCCGGCAGCUCCGGCAGGAGUACACCGAAUGGCGGCGACCCGGCACCAGGCAAACUCUUCGUCGGAGGCCUGUCGUGGCAGACUAGCAGUGAGAAGCUCAGAGAGUACUUUGGCAUGUUUGGCACCGUCACCGAUGUCUUGAUCAUGAAGGAUCCGGUCACACAGCGUAGUCGCGGCUUCGGUUUCAUCACGUUCGCCGAGCCCGGCAGCGUCGACAAGGUGCUUAAGUGUCCAAUCCACACAUUGGACGGCAAGAAGAUCGACCCGAAACACGCAACGCCGAAGAAUCGCGCGAAACAGGCGAAUCGCACGAAGAAGAUCUUCGUAGGCGGCGUGAGCCAGGACACGAGCAGCGACGAAGUGAAGGCCUACUUCAACCAGUUUGGCAAGGUCGAGGAGACGGUGAUGCUGAUGGACCAGCAGACGAAACGGCACCGCGGUUUCGGAUUCGUUACGUUCGAGAAUGAGGACGUGGUGGAUCGCGUGUGCGAGAUCCACUUUCACACGAUCAAGAACAAGAAGGUGGAGUGCAAGAAGGCUCAGCCAAAAGAGGCUGUGCAGCCGGGCGCUCUAGCCCUCGGGAAGAGGGUGGUCUACCAAGGAUACUCGCUCACCAAUGUGGACAUGUCCAGCUUCCAGGGCGUCGACUGGGGAUCUAUGUACGGGAUGGGCAUGUACGUCUAG